CGCCGGGAAACCAUUUUCCAUCGUCGUCUUCGUGAUUUUUUGAGCUAUUCCUUCUUUUAAGCUUCUUCGGAUCGGUGUGCAUGAAGAAGAGCAUUGAAUAGACUGUUCAAUAAGCUGAAUCUCACUUAUCGAUCGACAGGCUAAAAUGGAAACUUACUACAGGAGAAGGUCAAGAAUGUCCAAUCCAUCCCUCUCCUUGCAAAAAAUGGAUUAUCAGGGUGGCGUGGCAGGCUCACUGGUUCCGGCUAUGCCAAGACUUUCUCCUACGCCCACUACAGCCAACAAUUCAGAGCAUGAAAAUCUGGCAUGCAAUUUCAACAUUGAAGUGGGUUCUAUUUACGAGAUUGAUCACAUUUAUCUUCCUCCAAGAACGCCAGUUCAACUCAAGGCCAUGAGAGUUGUUAUGGUUAGUGAGAAGACACCAUUGAAUGUGGCAGUAAGGUUUCCAAGUAUGGAGUCACUUCAACAAUACUUCUGCAAUAGCAUCAGAGAAAUGUAUCCAGCAUUGGAUGAGAAGUUUGUAAUGGGAACUGCUCUGGCUGAUAAAGUGCUUCUCAGGCAAGUUUCUUCUCAGGAGUUUGCAGAGAAGAAGCAUCUUGAGAGCUUCUGGUGGGUGAAUUCUGCCUCAGUUCAUCAUCAUCAUCGCUAUGAGGAUGAUUCCACUUCAAGUAAGGGUGUGUGCUUGUCUGAGCUCAAAGUUAAUGGGAUGGUUCGUUGGGGAGUUCGCAGGCAGGUCAGAUUCCUAAGGAGGCAUGAAGACAAAAACAUCAAGAAUACAAAAUCACCUUCCAGCAUUAUCAACGAAGAAGAGAAAGUGCCACCAGCAACGUAUCCUGAUAAAGAAGAUGAAGAAGAAAAUGAGGAGGAAGAAGAAGAAGACGAGGAAGAUAUCAAAGUUGAAGUUCCUGAGAACGACACGAACCUCAAGAGAAAGAGGUAUAGUUUGAGACAUACCCCCAUAAGAAAGGCCAAAAAAGUAAAGUGGGAGAAGCAAAAAUGGAAGAAUAACAACACGAAGAUGAGAAACAAAUGCAAGCUGCUAGUACAAUACAAGAACCCCAAAAACAGAUGGUCUGAGGAAAGGUAUAAAAUGGCAGAGAAGAACCUUCUGGAGGUCAUGCAGGGGAAAAAAGCAACAGCUAAUAACCCAAUCCUUCGGCCUGAACUAAGAGCAGAAGCCAGGAAGCGAAUUGGUGACACAGGAUUGCUAGAUCAUCUACUCAAGCACAUGGCAGGUAAGGUUGCACCAGGUGGGAACGAGCGGUUUCGUAGAAGGCACAAUGCCGAUGGAGCCAUGGAAUAUUGGUUGGAGAGUGCUGAUUUGGUCAAUGUGAGGAAGGAAGCCGGAGUGAGUGAUCCUUAUUGGAUUCCACCCCUUGGUUGGAAGCCCGGUGAUUGCCUUACUCCUGAGCCCAUCUCUGCUCAUGAGUUCAACUUCUUGAAAGAUGAGAUUUGCACCCUGAAAAGGGAGAUUCAGGACUUGCAGGUGAAGAUAAAGCAGCAAGAAACCCCACCGAAUCUCGUUUCAAAUGAAAUGGAUCCUGAUAUUUCACCAGUUGCAUUGAAGAUGUACAAGGAACAAUUGCAGACGAUCACCUCAGCUUUUUUGGAAAAAAUUGAGAAACAAAUUGGGAGCUUUGUACACACAAUGGAAGAAAAAGAAAAGAUUUUAUCCACACUAGCGGAGGCAAACGCUGCAUACAAUGAAAAAAGGCAAGUCGAAGAAGCUGAGCAAAGAAGGAAGAAAGAAUUGGAAGAAAGGGCGAAAGCAGGCCAAGAAAAGGCAGCCAAAAUAGAAAGGCUUAAGAGCGGAUUCAGAAUAUGCAAACCACAGGGAACUUUCCUCUGGCCAAACAGCAACUCCAGCAACGUCUCUUCUUCUAAGGCUACUGUUCAGGUUGAGGAUCUGUUAAUGGUCCCAACCCCACCCUCUGUCUCUUCCUCAAGUGCCCCAUCAGUUCACCUCCUCCCCAAUAACUACUACACAUCAUCCCCCGUUUCUCCCCCUAUCAAGCCCGUCCCCGAGAGACUUGCCCCCAUUAAGAUCACCCUCUCCUCCGUCUCAAAUGCCUGCACCAACACUGCUCUCAUCAAUCUAAAUGAUGACCCCUUUAAUAACAAAGAAAGGCCGUGUGGAAUCCCAUCAUCAAGGCCCACUAUCACCUCCCCCACUGCUGACAUAAUGCCAAAUAUAUUUCCACCAAGCGCUGCAACAUUGAUGACUGAAAGCUCUAGCAAAGGGAAUAUUUCCAGCCCCGGCUCAAAUGGUCCAACCAAACCCCCCUCUAUCACGAAAGAAGGGGGGACAUGGCUGGCAUUGGCUACUCCAACUACUCCUGCUACAGAUGAACAUUGCCAGGGAUGAAGUGAAUGAUCAUAAACACAGAAACCUACACAUGCCUUAAGGAUAGAGAAGGGAAGUGCAGGUUUUACAAAAUCUCUGUUCCUUUAGUUUUAAAAUACGUGAUGGCUAAGCUUCAUCCUAUAUAUAGAGUAAUCUUGCAAACAAAACUAAGAGCUGAUU